UGUUGUUGUUGUUGUUGUUGUUUUUCAAUAUAGAUUUAUUUUGAAAAGUUUCUCUAACUUUUAGAAAACUAACCUGUCCAAAAGCUGUCCGUUUAUUAAUUAUUGAAAGUUUCUGAAUAAGUAUAUAUUCUUGUUUGUGGCUCAAUAUGACUUUAUUUCCUGUGAUUUGUUUUAAUAUCCCUAAUUAAGAGCUAAUGAAAUUACAUUUUCGCAAACAAUCCCUUGUUAAGUUUACUGCCUUUCUUUGUUUCAUAUCCGUUUKAAUGAUCCUACUUAAUUCAAUUGCAACUUUGCAUCAAUUAGCACAUCUCACCUAUUGUGUGAUUKCUGAAUAGCUGAUUUAUUGCGCCUUUGAAUAUAAAGCGCUCAUAAACCGYAACAAAAKCCAUUAUCAUUUGACAAGUGUAUAUAUACACACCAAUCCAAAGCAAUCACACACAGCUCUCACGUUUAUACCGAGAAGAUACGAUCAUGAGACUUAGACGAAGAAGUACAUCAAAACAGGGAUUGGUAUCAAGUCAAGACCUCGAUGUUACCAGACAUUUWACCAAGAGAUUAAAAACCAAAGUGACUCGAACUAAAAAUARCURCAACCGUAACUUYACUGCGAACCAAWUACAAAUUCUGCAAGCGUACUUUUGUAARAACGACAGUCUUAGUCGUUUGGAUGAGCCGGUUCUCUCGAAGGAAACAGGACUAAAUAUACCACAAAUCAAGAGAUGGUUCAGUCGUCGCCGAGCAAGAGCGCGAAAAACGACAYAUAAUAAACACACCGAGAAGUGCUUCCAUCCUGCUUCAGAUCUKUUGCCUUCACGGCUGAUUGCCAUUCCUGUUUCCACAACAGCGGCAUCUUCAAGUCUCCCGCCAAAUCAAGCUAGCGAGCCUACCACUACUAAAGUAUUAAUCAGCCCAGCAGUUCCAAGUACAUCAGCAAAUCAAGCUUUGGAGUCCUCCAUUACAAGAAAGUCUAGAGUGCCCGCGAACGCAACGCCUUGUAAUUUGCCGCCARGUCGAGCAGUGGAAUCUAAAGCGUGUAUCAACUCAGCGAUUAUAAGUACCAAUAGUGGCCAAUGGCAUAUACCUCAGUCAUCCUACGAUUGCUGUCAAAACACCUUACAACUUUGUGACAAACUCUUACAGAAUAUGUUCGGAUAUGAUUGGAUUGUAAAACUCAGACUUCAUCGACAUGUAUAAAAAACACAUUGAAAGUUUAUAGAAUAUUUUUCUARCCUAUGAAAAGUCUCGAUAUGAACUUUGUUGAUGCAGAAUCUACAUGACUAAAGACGAAGACACUGCGCAGUGAASUGWWWUUUUUUCUGCGUCAUGGUUWUUUUGUGACCAUCAAAGUUAAUAAAACUGAUGGA